AUGUUAGCUAACUUAGCUAUCCUGCUAGCUGAGGAGCUUGACAGACGAACCAAGGAAACCCAAAGACUUCAAGAAGAGGUGGAAAAUGCAACCAAAGUAGCUUUGGAGAGGUUUUGCUGCACAUAUGGUAUCAAUAGCUCACCUGGACAAAGCUGCCACAACCACAAUGACCCACCUGGGGAGUUCACCAUCCUUCCAACCCACCAUCAGGCAGUGACUCCGCCUCUUGUCUGUGGUGUGGAAAAUUUAAACCAGGAGGUGUCCCAAAGGCAAAUCAGCUCUCCUGAAAAGGAGGUGUUGGAAAAUGCAAUAGAUGACUGUCUUCAACAGCUGUCUGACUUGCAGCUCAGCAAGACACAGGAUCAACAUGAACAAGAGACAUUCAAUUUUGACAAAGCCAUCAUGAAUCUGCAGACUAAGCUGCAUAAAGUCCAAAUGGAAAAGGAUGUCCUGUCUGACCUCAGAGUGAAGGAUUCGAGGAAACACGUUGAUCAGAUGGAAAAGAUGCUGUGCAUGUUGGAAGAGCUCCAAAACAUCAAAAGGGCCGCGGACCAAAAGCUACAGGAGACAGAGGACGAGGCAAUGGCGCUUAACAGGAAAGUAGAGACAUUGGAACAGAUUAUGAAGGAGACGUACUCUUCUCUGUUAUCACAUGAUAAACAAUGUGGAAACAGCUCCAUUACAAGUCCUAACGUCGCCACUGGUUCAAGACAGCUGUCCCCAGCUGCCAAGUUAACUGAGGAUUUUAACAAAGAGACACAGAAGCUACAGGAGAGACCUUUUUUGUCAAUAGAUCAUCCGGGGAGUGAAGAAUGCAGUGGAGUAAAUAAGCAAAAACAAAGAAUGAAAGACUUGAUUGCAAGUCUUGACCAGGAGAUGGCACUGUUGACUGACAAACUGAACUCAUCAAGAUACAACAGUGUCAGCUUAAGUGUCAAGCUGGAGCUGUUAAAGAAACUUGCAGAGAGACAGACGUCGUUGCACCAGUGUCAAGUCAGUGAACUUGAGUCAACCCUUUCCAGCCAUAGAGAUAAGAGGUGCGGUGAGCAGCAGCAGUGUGAGCUUCAGGUGGAGGUAAAGGCCCUGAGAGGACGGGUGGAAGAGGCCAGGGAGCAGCUUCGCAGAAGUGGGGAGGAGAAAAAUUGCCUACAGACCCUGCUGGAUCAGAGGGCCCAGGAGGGGAGGAAAUCCCAGGAACUCCUGCGGGAGAAAGACAAAGAGCUCCAGCUCAAGCAGCAAGAAGCUCAGCAGGUAAGAGAUCAUACCCUGCACGUAGAAGGAGAGACACUGAAGCUGAAGCUUGAUGACCGAGAGAAGCUGACAGCUAUGCUACUUUUACAGAUGGAGAGCAGCGUCCAGAUGCACAGCCGCACCAUCGACAACCUUCACCAAGAGAACAGUCUCCUCAGCAACCAGCUAAACCAGCAGAAGCUGGAGAUUCAGCAGCUCGGGGCUGAGUUAGACCAGAACAAGUCAGACCUGGCUACUGCAGAGCACGAGAGGCGGCAGCUACAGGCGUCUGUGGCUGAACAAAGUCAGCGUGUCCAGGAGGAAACUCUGGAGAAACAGCAGCUCACCACCCAGAUGGAGAUCCAGCGUAUCCAGUUACUCAGACUCACUAAGGAGCACAAGGAACUGCAACGGCUACACAGCUGUAAGAAUGAGGAGCAGGAGGGUGUGGUGCUGAGGCUCCAGAGUCAGCUAAGGAACGCCCAUGAUGAGCUGGACCAGGUCAGGAGCACCCUUAGGACCCUGGAAGGAGCCGAUGGACAUGGCCUCCAAGUGGCCAUGGACAUGCAGAAGGAGAUCACUGCUAGAAGGGAGCAGGUCGACUCUCUGCAGGGCAAAAUCCAACACCUAGAGGAGGCUGUGGAGAAGCUGUACCAGGAGAAGCGUUAUCAGAGCCUGGAGAGCCACCGUCAGAUCCAGGAGCUCACCUUCGUCAGGGAGGAGAAAAAACAACUUGCCAGUGAGCUGGAGGCCCUUCGUUCCAAAGACCAACAAUUAAGGGACCGGAUUGGCCAGCUGGAGACAAUCCUUCAUAAGAUGACAGAAAGCUUCGCAGGCUGCCAAGAUUUCAUCCAGCUGCAGGAGCAGGAGUUUUAUCGUCUGAAACUCCAACAUGCCCUUGACCUGAAGGAACUCCAAGGUCAAAACCUGCGCGCAGCUCUGAAUGUACCUCCACCAGACCUGGACUCCCCGACUCCAGCAGCAAUCACUACUCCACCCUCUUCCCAGCAUGCCUUCAACACUCAGAUCAAGGUGCACCCCGCCCGGGAGCUCAGGUCUCUUGUCAGAGAGCUGCGAGGAGUGAUUUCAGAGAACCACAGACCACACACUGAUAACAGCGCCGCUGGCAGCUGCUUCCACAGGAGGAGGUCUGCACCGGAGAGAGUGCACAGAACCACAUUCACUUCCAGCAGCACCGACAAGGCUGAAGACGUAAAAACUGGCUCCAGAUUGAGAACAAAAACCUGUGGGAGCGAGCCACAUUUCCUGACAACAGCUGAGCUGAACGGGAAAAUAAUCAACAACAAAUCCUUCAGUGAGAGUCGUGUUAUGUCGAGUCCAGAAGUGAAGUUCACAUCCUCCCCAAUGCUCAUCUCACUGGGACGCAGGUCACCCGUCCACUCUCUCCUGACAUCCGACCCAAACAGCUAAGACUAGCACGACUCAUCACAACAGACCUGAGGCUGGCUCCUCGUUGCAGUAAGUUGUUGAUAUUGUACAUCUUAUAUACACAGUUUAUCAUAUCAAUACGAACACUGUGUGAUAGAUUGUGUUUGAGCACACUUCAGAUUUAUUCAAGUAAACAUUUAGAUUAGUCUGUGGUAGAAAAAAAAUAUGGAACAUAAUUAGAAGAGAUUUUAGUUAACAAGAGCCACAGGCUGAGUCAUUUGUGGGGUUUUUUCUCAUGAUACUGUAUCAGUUCAGUGUCUGUUUCAAAGACUGAGAUGGCAAUUUCACACUGUGUUAGUGUGAAGGGAAAGCUGGACAACAUCCACACAGAAGUCAAAUACUGACAGUUGAUCGAUAACAGAUGAUAAAUCAGACAGACAUUUUGUCAGAUUGAUUAUUUCAUCCACUGUAGCGCUGCAAGAAAUGUCAUAACACACAGUCUGAGGAGUCAGGAGGAUGUAUUGAGGCAACUGAAAUCAAUUGCAACAAGAGGCAUUUCCUGUUAAAUUUGCCCUGCAGCAGCUCACAGACCUCAUCAUUUACAUAAAAAUAUCAAGAUGUUAAAUAGAUCAUAAUCUGUGUAAUCUCCGACCUCAGAAUAAAUUUAAUUACUUAAUUUUUUUUGUCUUACAGAAAGCUAAUUUUUGAAAGGCUCACCAGAUGAAGUUGGAUGUCAAAAAAGGUUUUAUAGAAAUCCACUAUUAGCUGAAUUGUCAUAAUUUAUUG